AUGUUACCCCCUAAAGGCAAAAACAAUUCACGAAUUUUAUUCAGAGAGAGUCCUUCCCCAAAACUCAACAAUUUUUAAAGGCUUGAUUCAAUAGAUAGUAACAAGUAAGAUUUAAAUCCAUCUAGGACUAUCACUGCAUUUGCUCUAAGAGAAUCAAGUCAAAAUAUGCCAACUUUUGAUAAAGGUUCUACUCCUAUGUCAGUAAAAAAUGGUCCAACACCCUAUCUCGGUUAAAAUAUAACUACUUCAGGAUCUAAAAAAGGCCUAAAUCAUACUUUCAGUUCAUUAAACGAAAAGCAAAUUGGCUUGCUGAACAAAGAUUUGAGGCUCGAUACAAGAAGUGAAAGUACAUUCAAAGAAAUAAAUCAAGAAAAAAGCAAGGGCCACUAUGGACUUAACGGAAUAACUAUUCAAAAUCUUGGAUAAACGUUAAAGGAUUUUCGAGAAACUACAAGAGAAUAUAAAAAGAUUCUGAAAGUUUAGAAAGUUUAGCAAAUGGAAAAAGAUAAACUAAGGUAAGGAAUAGUAAGAGAAAAGGAAAAAGCAAAAGUGAAAGUUGAUAGAGUUGAAAGCGAUAUGAAUAAAAUGAAGAGAAUCAAUUAAGUUCUAAUAGCAUCAAAUGAUAUAAAAGAGAGAAUCAUUGCUGAUUUGAAACAAGAACUUAUUCUGAAACAAAGAGAUGCAGAGGAUUAUAAGUUAAAAUUUGAUAAGAAAAAAAGGGAAUUAGAUUGGUACAAGAAAAGUUUAGGAGCAUUUUAUUCACAACUGUUUAAAAGGAAAUAUAGAGAAUUCAAAUAUUCAUCUUUGCUAGAUCAUAAGAAAAAGAUAGAGGCUAUGAGAAAUUUAGAUUUUAAUAUGAUGUUUGACAAAAUGUUCCCAACUUCAACAGGUCAAACAAGCCAGGACCUUUCAAUGGCCAUGAUUCAGGAUACUAAGGAGAUUAUUUAAAAACCUUAUAUUAACUAAUCAGCUAUAAAAGAAUAAGAUGAGGAUUAAAAUAACUCUUAGUUAUAUGCAAGUAAAAAUUUAGAUAAUGAGAAAGACAGAUUAGCUACUGAUUAGGAUGAGUUCAAAAUUGACGAUGAUGAUGUCAUUUCCCAGCAUGAUAUUCUUGCCAUAUAAAAUGAAAGAUUAAUGAAAACUCAUUCAAUGAUUAGAAAAGACACUGGGGAUACUUUAACUCAUUCUUCUCGAUCAGCAAGGUCUAAUAAAAUGGGAGUGUCGUCUGAAAAAGUUAAGAAUCAUUUCAAAAAGAAUAUUUCAGACCUUUAAUUUGAAAGUGAGACAUUAUACUAAAAGAGAUUUGUAUUGCCAUUCAAUCAUUCUGGGCUAAUAAAAAGAGCUAUCAAGUAAUAAGAGUAUGUUUAAGAGGCUUAUAUUGAUCCCACUACGUAAUUUUACUCUUUAAUGAAAGAAAAAGCGAAUUGUCAAAUGCAAAAUGCAACAGCUAUUCCAAUAUAUGUUUAGGAUCAACUUUAAAAGAAAAAAGCCUAUUAAAGAGAUAGGUAUCCAGUCUAUAUAGUUUUACUCUGUAAUAAGAAACAUAUUGAAUAGAUAGGAACACUUUCUACUGAUGAAGUGAAGAUGGCUAACAUAGCUUGUGAGUCUUUAGCUGCUCAUGUAGAAUACAUAAGAGAUCUUGAGGGAAAAAGUUAUGCUGAAAUGAAGUUAAGAGAUAUGAUAAAUAUCUAACAAGUUAUUUUAAAAAUAGAUAGGAAAGAGGACCUAUAUGAUUACUUUUGUGGGGUAGCUAUUAAGGAGUUAUUCCCUAUAUACUUUGUUGAUUUUGUGAUGAGAGGCAAUUAAGAGAAACUAAGAUUUAAUUAUUCAUCAUAGUGA